AUGAGCUUCGGCAAAUCAUUGUUUACUUCUCCAGAGAUCAACCCGAGUAAUCGAAAGGCCAGGUCAAUCCCGAUCUUGAACCCUUUCGAUCAAUAUGGACGGGUCUUCUUCUUCUCGUGGAUGGGAUUCAUGGUCGCCUUCCUCUCGUGGUAUGCGUUUCCACCUCUGCUAAGCGCAACAAUCAAAAAAGACCUCAACAUGACAUCCGCGCAAGUCGCAAACUCAAACAUCGUUGCUCUCCUCGCAACUCUCCUCGUAAGGUUCGUGGCCGGCCCACUGUGUGACCGAUUCGGACCCCGUCUCGUCUUCGUCGGACUGCUUCUCGCUGGAUCCCUCCCAACAGCCAUGGCGGGCCUCGUCACCACCCCCCAAGGCUUAAUCGCGCUGCGAUUCUUCGUGGGCAUCCUGGGCGGAACGUUCGUUCCCUGCCAGGUGUGGUGUACGGGGUUCUUUGACAAGAAGAUUGUGGGCACGGCUAAUUCCCUCGCUGGCGGAUGGGGCAAUGCCGGUGGUGGAAUCACAUACUUCCUCAUGCCCGCUGUCUUCGACUCCCUGGUUCAAUCCCGAGGCUUGUCCCCCCAUCAAGCAUGGCGCGUGGCCUACAUUGUCCCCUUCAUCAUCAUCGUCGUCGUCGCCCUGGGCAUGCUCCUCACCUGCGACGACACUCCAACAGGCAAAUGGUCUGAGCGCCACAUCUGGAACAGAGAGCACGACGACUCCAAGGACAGCAACAACAACAUCGUCGACAUCCCCACCAGCAACCCAUCCAGCGCCCCCUCCCUCAACACCAACACCCUCACCACCGACAUCGAGAAGAAAGGCGGCACAGGCACAGACUCCCCCAACUCAUCCCUCACCCCAGAGAGCGGGAUAGUCACCAACCUCGACGCCCUCCGCACAGCCGACACCGUCAUCCCCCUCUCCCGCAAAGACGCCACCAAAGUCCUCCUCAGCCUGUCCACCGCAGCAGUCGCCAUCCCCUACGCGUGCUCCUUCGGCUCAGAACUAGCCAUCAACUCCAUCCUCGGCGACUACUACGCGGCGAACUUCCCCCACCUCGGACAGACCCAGUCCGGACGGUGGGCGGCUAUGUUCGGCCUCCUCAAUGUCGUCUUUCGCCCUGCGGGCGGCUUCAUCGGGGAUAUCCUCUACCAGUACACGGGGUCCGUGUGGUCCAAGAAACUCUUCAUCUCCUUCCUGGGCGUCGUCAUGGGCGCCUUCCAGCUAGCAAUGGGGUUAUCGAAUCCCAAGAGCGAGUCUACCAUGUUUGGUCUCACUGCCGGACUGGCUUUCUUCUUGGAAGCUAGCAACGGGGCGAACUUCGCCGUCGUGCCGCACGUACAUCCCUUCGCGAAUGGCCUCGUCUCCGGCGCAGUAGGCGGAAUGGGAAACCUCGGCGGUAUCAUCUUCGCUAUCAUCUUCCGAUACAAUGAUUCGGACUACGCCCGCGCGCUCUGGAUUAUCGGUGUUAUUUCUAUAGCGGCGAAUUUGGCUGUUGCUUGGAUUCGACCUGUGCCGAAGGGCCAGACGCAGCGGUAG